AUGUUUCCCAUAGAUACUGCGCUUCUGCCGUCCCUGUCGACCCGCAAAGCCCUGUUGGUCGUCGACCCUCAGAAUGACUUUCUUACCGAAGACGGCGCAUUGCCUGUCAAGAUUCCUUCCGACCUCCCCUUCCGGAUCGCCGACUUUGCGAACGCGUUCCGCCAGCGCGGCGGCGACGUGAUCUGGGUGCGGAGCCAGUUCGACAGCUCCCGGCCUGUCUCGAGCGAGCAAAUUCUGACCUCGGACGGACCUGCGCGAGGCCGGCGAUCGCGCCCGGGGCCGCACGAGGACGAGUAUCCGGACAGCCCGGAGGCCUUCCUGACCCUGGGAGACGUAGGAGAGCAAGAGCACCCGAGCUGUGUCAGGCCCGGCUCGCGCGGCCUCGAGUUCCACCCGGUGGUGCAGCUGGCCGUGGGGCCACGGGACCAUCAGCUGGUCAAGUCGCAUUACUCGGCCUUCAAAUCGGAACAGCUGCUUCGCCUGUUGCGCACCAGGGUCGUGACUGAGCUGUUCAUAUGUGGCGCCAUGACCAACAUCAGCGUCAUGGCCACUGCCAUCGACGCUGCGAGCCACGGGUACACUAUCACCAUUGUCGAUGACUGCUGCGGCUACCAGAGCAUCGGGAGGCACCGCGCAGCCAUCAUGGCAAUAUCGGACACCACGGGUUGCCAAACCUUGCGGGCUGCGCGUGUUUUAGAGUCUAUGGCGCCCAAACUUAAACCUCGUCGGUCACCAGACCGCAGGUCGACGGAGGCUGCCAACAGAUACCCAACCGUACGUCCCCAUGAAGGGCGAGAGGACGGCGAGGCGUCCCCAGCCUCAGUAAUCCAAUCGUCGUUUGAGAGACUGUCGCUAAGCGGUGACCCUGCAGCCGACAAGCCCGAGCUCCGGAUACAACCGCAAGAGUCAAAGCCUCCGCUUCAGCCCAUGGCAGAACACAAGCCAGACAUCGAAAAGCAACCCAAUAGAGCAGUUUUAGAUUCAAACAUGAAGGCGGAGUCGCGCGUUGCCCACUCAACCGAACAAUGCACUGGGCUAGACAACGAUCAAUCACCACGUCAAAGGUCUCCGAUCGCACGUGCAAAGCAACGGCCGGACAAAGAGUCAGGUCUCAUGAAAGGCGAACAAACACCUAUUCUCGACGAAACAAGCGAUUGUUCGUUGCCAAAGGUGUCGUUUGACUCGGACGACACGUCGACGCCCUUAAGUAGGACGGUGAUCGACUCGGAACAGAGAGAGGGAGACUUCCUGGUGGAGAAAUCUACAAAUCCUAUAAACACUACAAACCCUACUAACCAUUCGACAACCGUUACGGAAGAAAUUAGCAGUACAAUGGCGCAUCAGGCACUCACACUCGGCGAGAGUAGUCCUCUCUGCGAGGGCGACACCAAAGUCAUCUACGAUGUUUUGCCGCAACCUCUGGCCGAGAAUAUAUUCGAGAGGGUACGGGACGAAGUCCUCUGGCAACGAAUGUCCCACCAGGGUGGUGAGGUCCCGAGGCUCGUCGCGGUACAGGGCCUGGUUGCGGAAGAUGGUACUAUGCCUGUCUAUCGGCACCCUGCUGACGAGUCGCCACCGCUUCUGCCCUUCUCAGCGACGGUGGCAGAGAUCAAAAUGCGCGUGGAGGAAAAGCUAGGCCAUCCCUUGAAUCAUGUCUUGAUCCAAUUCUACCGUCAUGGCAAUGAUUAUAUCUCUGAGCACAGCGACAAGACCUUGGACAUCGCGAAGGGCACCUUCAUCGCCAAUGUCAGCCUUGGCGCGGAAAGGACUAUGACAUUUAGGACGAAAAGACAGGCCGAGGGUGCCAAGCGUCAGAUUCAACGUGCGAGGUUGCCGCAUAACUCGCUGUGCAGGAUGGGCUUGACCACCAACAUGCGAUGGCUACACGCCAUUCGUCAAGACAAGAGGAUGGAUCGUGACAAGUCCCCGGCGGAGCUGGCCUUCGACGGCGGCCGAAUCUCGUUGACGUUCAGGCAGAUAGCAACUUUCCUGGACCGAGAUGGCAAGCUGAUCUGGGGCCAAGGCGCCGAGGCCAAGACGCAGCAGGAAGCACACCGAGUCAUCAACGGCCAGACGCCCGAAGCUGUCAGGAUGCUGCGGGGGUUCGGCAGGGAGAACCAGUCGACGGAUUUCGACUGGGACGAGUUCUACGGCGAGGGCUUCGACGUCCUCCACAUGUCCACGGCGCCGCGGUUGUUCCUGUCGACAGACCCCGUGGUCAACAUGCGCGUCCAGAUGAUGCUCGCCGAGUUCGGGAUCAACUACGCGCGCGGGAGCGUGUCUCCGCACUUCAACUGGAAGGACGGCAAGCCCACGCAGGACCCGGUGGCCAUCCCCGUGGACCUCCCCGUCAAGUUCGUCGACAACGACGAGUCCAAGACGAUCGUGGCGGGGCAGCUGGGCAUCAUGCUGUACCUACAGCGCGUCCACGACGACGGGGAAGAAGGCGAGGCGGCGGGGCAUCACCCCACCGCCUCGCGCCCCGGGCUCGGGCGGCUGUUCGAGAGGUUCCAGCAGGCGCUGAGCCUGCUCGACAAGUGGAGGGCAUGCCCCGACAACGACAUCAAGCUGCUGCGCCGCGAGCUGACGACGUGGGACAGGUACGCGGGCGAAGGCGACUAUAUCGCGGGCAACUCGGGCAUGGUAACCCUGGCCGACUUUGCCUUCUGGCCGGUGCUCCAUGCCAUGAUGCCAGCUAUGCGCGAAGCCGAAGGCUUCGACUUUGAGAACCUGCAAGGGUACUACGAGCGCAUCAAGGCUAGGGCUGCCACCGGGGUGCUUCUAGACACAGCCGCGCAGAGUGACUCGCCGUGA